UGACGGUCAGGUCGGUGUAAACUCACAGCAGAGCUCAGCUCUGGCGGAAACGCCGCGAAAGCCACCUGACUCUCUGGGAAACAACCUUUACAGGACCCGUUUCACUUGUUGCGCACUUGUUAUUUUCUCCCACUGGGACCGUGAGCCAUGCGUCUCCCUGUCAUCCGCGGAUCUUCUGCCUCCGCGCUUACGGCUUGUCGGAAUUGACUUAAGCAGCGCGUCUGAAACGAGCCAUAAAAACCCCGGACAGCCGUGAAAGACUUCAGGCGGGCUGAACUAAGCGUAGGCGUGUUUGGGGGAUUUUUUUUUGGCAAAAAUCACACCUGGCUGGCUUUCAUGGCGCUUUAAUAGAAAACCCUCGCAGUGAUGAACAGGAUGUCUGAGUCCGCGAGCGGCUGCAGGUCCCACAGAGCCGGCGGCUGGAGCUUCCAUCUCCUCUACAGCGUUCUCCUGCUGUGGAGUGAAGAAAUGCACGGACUGUCCGACUUCUCAACUUAUUUAUUCAGGAUUAUCAUCAGUCACUCAGCACAUGCCCAUGAUGGUGAGCCACUGCUGCUGUCUUGUCCACGCCACUCCACCAUCACUGUGCAGUCUGCCAUCUACAGGCCUCAUGCACCUCUUGCAUACUGCAAUGUGCCUACAGCACUACAGAAGAUGCUAUCAGAAUGCCAAGGCCGGAGAAACUGUCAAGUCUUGGUCAAUUCCCGUCUGUUUGGCAGUGACCCCUGUCCUGGAACCGCCAAAUACCUUCAUGUGUCAUACAGUUGCAAACCUACUGAAAAUAAAAACAGAACAAGAUGUGAAGGUGAACAAAUGCGUCUUCACUGUAAAUACCCCAAACUGCUGAACAUCUACUCGGCUGUGUAUGGACGGGAACUGGGAGAGAAAGCAGCUUGUCUUAGAGAGGAAGAUGAACCACCACCCUUCGAAUGCUUAUAUCAUGGAGCCCUAGACACAGUAAAAAAUCUGUGCUAUGGAAAGCAGCGGUGUCUUUUAUCUGUCAAUGAUCAGCAGUUCAGAAAUCCCUGCAUGCCUGAAACAAAGAAGUACCUCAGUGUCGUCUAUUCUUGCGUUCCACAGGGUUUAUUCAAAGAAGCUGACCCCUACUUUUUUCAAACUACCACAGUUCCCCAGCAGACCACCAGUGCUGGUGUCAAACAGUCCAGACUGCCCGAUAAAAAUGGCAUCCUUGUGAGCAGCUCUCUUACGGCAUAUGGAUACAUUAAAGAACAUCCUGAAAGGGCUGGCCUGCUCUUUGUCUCGAGUGUGUGUCUGGGACUCUUCCUUGUCUUGCUGGCAAUCUCUAUGAGGAUAACCUGCACUAAGGAUCUUAAAGUUGUAAACUGUCUAAACAAGAAGACAGUUACUGUGGAACCAGAAGACGAUGACGAAGACAGUGAUGACGGAGAGUCAGAGCCAUUGAUGGACAGCUCGAUGAUGUCAGAGGUAGGCAGGAAAGUGUAUUGCUGGGAAGAGGCAAUGUACACGACUGAGGCAGCGGAACUGAUCGAGAGGCUGGAACGACGAGACAUGAUCAUCCAGGAGAUCAGGAUGAACGCAUACCUCAACGGCACUACCAGCACUCUGCACUGACACACACUGGAUUAUUUGCUGAAUUAAAAAAAUUAAUACAUGUGAACAUGUUGAAGUCAGAAUGUACUGUUGUCAUCGGCUGGGCCUGAUCACUGUGUGGUCAUUAAACAAACAGAUGUAUUAAUUUUGCACCUUUCAUAAUUCAUAAUACCUUUAUUAAAAUAAGAGUUAUUUAAUACUGAAUAAAAGUCUCAAUGAGAGCCAUACUU